GGGAGGUCACGUGUCGCUGUUUGGCGCUUUUGUGCGCGCCCGGGUCUGUUGGUGCUCAGAGUGUGGCCAGGCGGCUCGGACGGAGCAGGGUUUUCCUUGCCAGUGAAUCGUGUAGAGUACACUGCCAGUCUCUUGUCUUCUCUUCACCAUGGCUUCUUCUGAUAUCCAGGUGAAGGAACUGGAGAAGCGUGCCUCAGGCCAGGCUUUUGAGCUGAUUCUCAGCCCUCGAUCAAAAGAAUCUGUCCCAGAAUUUCCCCUUUCCCCUCCUAAGAAGAAGGAUCUUUCCCUGGAGGAAAUUCAGAAGAAAUUAGAAGCUGCAGAAGAAAGACGCAAGUCCCAUGAAGCUGAGGUCUUGAAGCAGCUUGCUGAGAAACGGGAGCACGAGAAAGAAGUGCUUCAGAAGGCGAUAGAGGAGAACAACAACUUCAGUAAGAUGGCGGAAGAGAAGCUGACCCACAAGAUGGAGGCCAACAAAGAGAACCGAGAGGCGCAGAUGGCCGCCAAGCUGGAGCGCUUGCGGGAGAAGGACAAGCACAUUGAAGAAGUGCGGAAGAACAAAGAAUCCAAAGAUCCUGCUGAUGAGACUGAAGCCGACUAAUUUGCUCUGAGAACUGACUUUCUCCCCCUCCCCUUCCUAAAUAUCCAAAGACUGUACUGGCCAGUGUCAUUUUACUUUUGCCCUCCUGACAAAUAUUCUAGAAGCUGAUGUAGGACUGUAUAGGUAGAUCCAGACGGUAUGAUGUUGUUUUAGGGGCUGAAGGGGAGAAACGAAAAGUGUUUUACUCUUUUUCUAAAGUGUUGAAGUCUUUCUAAUGUAGCUAUUUUUCUUGUUGCAUCUUUUCUACUUCAGUACACCUGGUGUGCUGGGUUAAUGGCUAGUACUGUAUUGGCUCCGUGAAAACAUGUCUGUGAAAAGAGUAUGUAGUGGCUUCUUUCAGAUUGUUAGAUGCUGAAUAUCUGUUCACUUUUAAAUCCCAAUUCUGUCCCGAUCUUACAGACGCUACUGUACUUGAAUGGUUAAUAAAACUGCACAGUGCU